CGUCAACGGCGGGCGCUGACCUGUGACGACACACCGUGUUGUCGGCGAUAGUAAUAAGACUGCAAAUGUUGAGGUUGCUGCAAAUGUGAGUCUGCACGUGAGCAGCAAGUCAAUGUCAGCUGCAUUGAUAGUUCUGGUAUCCUACGACGUUGACAUCACGCUCCAUCAUGGUGUUCGAGACGCAAACGCCGACUUCGAGGUGUCCCCAUUCGUCUGCUUACCGAGAUGCAGUAGCGGAUCCGAGAGCGAGGCCAGGUGCAAGGCUGUGUCGUGGGCUUUGAGGUCUUGUCCAGCAACACCCUCAUCGUGCUGCUUCUUGAUAAGUUGGUCUGCAUAUGCGAGCCGAGCAUCAUUCUUUGUAAGCGUCUCGUUACGGGCACCACAGUGUCAAAGGCCGCCUUGGCCCAAAUCCGACUUGUGGAAUCUUUGCUUGUUCUGUGCGAGAAGAACUUUUCAAGUCUUUUUGACGUUAGAGAGAUGUUCAGGGGAUUGUUGGCAGUUGGCUUCGACCGUUGUUCUUCAGCCCUGUGCCUUCCGCAUGGGGCGCCCCUGCCGUCUCAACUACGAUUGCGAAUGACGCAACUUCUUCAUUUUAUCAACACAACCCUUGUCGCGCCAUAUCGUGUUUGAGUCACCCCAGGAUCUUCGCAACUCUUGAUCGCACACCGUCUUCACACGACAUAGCGCACACUCUGUCACCAUCCGCUGGCAUCCAGCUCGCUUCGUUACUUCUUCACGAUGCACCUCGUACCUAUCGCCCGAUUGCAGAUCAGGUCCUCCGGUUUGUA